AUGGAUCGAAGCAAUUCGUGCGAUUCGAAUUCAUCUUCCGUGGGAAAAACACUGGAAAAACCACCGCCACUCUUUAAACUUUAUUUUUCCAAGGACAGAUUGGUUGGCAAAUCGAACGUAUGCAUUUCGAGAAUCAACGGUGGUGAUUCGAUCACGCCUAAAUUCUACUCCAAAGAAUACGACAAUACGGUGAAUGAUUUGAACACGGUUGACACGCACCACGAAGGAAGUACGGAAGAAGAGGAAAAUGGUUGUAAAGAUACCAGACGUCGGCCACUGCUUACCAGCCACGCGUACGGCUGGUGGCACGAACGAGGAGGAAUACAACGGUUAGACUCGCGAUUCGACUUCCGUAAAAAAACAUCGGAUUUGGUAAUCUUAGGAGUAAAGUUAUACUCGGAGGAUCGAAAACUUACACGCUGUUAA